AUGUAUCUGAAAAAACACACCCUCAAUCACAAUUUAACUACAGACUACAAAUGUGCUUAUUGUGCCUAUGCCACAAAGAUAAAAAAAAAUCUUAUAAAGCACAUCAAAAGGCACAUAACACCGAGAAGCUUAAAAUGUGACCAUUGCAAUUACGUAACGAACGAUAAGGACAAUUUAAGACACCAUGUUAGGACGCACAACGAUAAAAAAGAUUACACAUGCUCCAUUUGCCAUUAUGCCACAAACGCCAGACACUCCUACAUUCGACAUCUCCUAAAGCACAACGCUCCGAAAGACUUAAAAUGUGUCCAGUGCGCUUAUGUCACGCAUUCGAAGGACGUCUUAAACCAACACUUAAGAACUCAUCAAAAUGAGAAAAAAUUUAAAUGUGACCAGUGCGCGUUCAAAACUCACGUUGAAAUAUACCUGAAACGGCACGCCCUCAAUCACAAAUCGACCACGGACUUUAAAUGCUCGUACUGUCCCUAUGCCACAAACGUGAAAAAGAACUUCAAGAAGCACCUCUUGAAACAUACAGGGGAGAGCUUACUGUGCGAGCACUGCGACUACACGACGACCAUUCGCGAAAACCUGAAGACACACUUGCUGAAGCACAGAACGUUGAAGAAUUUCGAGUGCGCGUAUUGCAAGUUUCGAACCUAUGCCUCGAAGUACCUGAGGCGGCAUCUCUCAACGCACAGGAACUCGAGGGAGUUUCAGUGUUUCGUCGCAAUUACGAGACUUUUUUAA